UUUUUGUGUCCUCUCAUGUGACUUUGUCGUAAACAGGAAGCAGCUGAUCUUGACUUCACUGCCUCUUUCUUCCAACUAAUGUUUAGAUCAACCAUAUCUUUAGAAAAGAAGAGCUUUAGUCUGAAACAGCUUCAGUUGAAACACCUGUUUUAGUCUGCUGGGGUAAGUUGUUGAUAAAUCUUCCGAUAUUAGCUUGGUUAGCGAACUAGCCGGAUAGCUUGACUAAUAUAGCUCUCUGACAUCUACUGUAUGGAUCGUGCUAGUUAGCUUAGCAUUAGCGAGGGGUUUUAUCGGCUAAAGAGGAGAUAGUUUGGUGGGAGUUGGUUAAUUGUUUGUAUGUUAUAGUGAGUUUAUUGAAUCAGUGCAGUAUUUGUGAUGCAUCUGUUCGUGUUUUAACCGAUAAACAUGUUUUCAGCAGUGACUUCAGCCUGAUCAGUUCAGACCAAACACAUGACAGCUAGGUGAAAAUAUUUGUUUUUGUCCUGCAGCAGCCGAGGAAGAGGAGAGAGAGAGCUGCUGUGGACACACACUAAAGUCAUCUGACUUGCAGCUCAGGGUGAUACUCUACAACAUCGUGUCUGUUAAGGGGGAUGUCAAGCACAGCAAUGAAGAAAAAGGUAAAUCAGAGGCUGAUUAUCAACUCUUUGUGACAUGACAGAGUCAGUGUGUUUUACUGUUUGUUGCUCUAACUUAGACCUUUAAUAGGAUGUGGUAGCUGCAUAUCACAGCAGUGGCAAAAGAGCGUUAUUAUAUGCUUUAAGAAAUUAUUUAUCUAUUCAUUGUUAUUCAUCCAAACCAUCUGCCCAGGACAGUGUGGGAAGACAGACCAUAAUCUUGUUCUUCGAUUCCAACUCCUAUCUGCUGUUAUAGUUUCUUCCCCUGACUGACUCGACCUCUUUAAGAUCUUAAGGGAAAUUUAAAUGCCAUUUAAAAUGAUUAAAAAAAAAAUGUUGAUUGAUUGAUUGAUUCUGAUAUUUCUCAGAUAAAUAUUUUUUAUGAAACCGUCUUUUUUUGCCAAUCAUAAAACCAUACACAGUAAGGCUUGAGGUCUCUUAAAACAAGACAGUUCUAGUCAUGGUGUGCAAUGUAGGGGAGACCAGGGCUUGUUGUCACAUGGGUAAGUUGUCACAUUGUAAUUAUCUUUGCCACCAGAGGGCGCAACUAAAAAGUGGAAUACUAGUUUUCUUCCUUUACAUGGUCAGGGGUCGUGUCCUGUCUGAGACGAGAAAAGCACAUCAUGAGCUGAGAUGAGCACCAAUUAAUCAUUUUGCACAACCCAAAGUAAAAAAAAAAGACUAUAUAUUUUAAAAAAUACUUCUUCCAGAUUAAAAUCCUAGCAGUGAUUCAUGUGGACUUGUUAGAGAAGAGAUUAAGCUAUCCUGUCAUACCUCAGUCAUUGUUCUGUUUUAAGCUAACUUUAAGCAAGAGAUAGAAUUAGCAAACAUGGAAGUUUGGGACAACAUGUCUCAGUCAUUUUGGGGUUAGUUGUCACAUGUUUAAAAGGGAUUAAAAGUAACAGGUAAAAAAAAGUAAAAAGGUAAAAAAAAUGAGAAAAACAAUAAUUUUGUCCUUGCUUUAUUAGCUGCAAAAUCCACUGUGACAUCUUACCCCAUGUGGAGAGACAACUUACCCGAUGGUGGGGCAACAUGUCACACGUUCACGCUCUCUGUUUAAUUGCUUAACUUAUAGCUCUGCACUGACACAAGAUAUGAAAAUGACAUGAAUACAAAAUAUAUACCUGAGACUUUGAUCUUUCGUGUGGUACACAUUUUGUUUACAUAUGAUGUAUUGAUUCCAAGUAAUAUAUAAGAAUGUAAAAAGUGUGACAACAAGCUCCGGUCUCCCCUAUAUCUCAGCCACAACUGAUUUCAGUCCAUUGUAGAGAGUCAACCUGAAAUUUCCUUGCCAUUAUCAGCAAUUAGAAACUGUCCUUGUAGUGUAGACUGGUCGGUCCAAUUUAAUAGUAUAAUACCUCAGCUAGAUUAAUUAUGUACACAAUGUCAGCCUUUAUUUAAAAAAUGGCUUUUACUUGUGAGUAAACGUUGUUUCAUUGCAACUUCGCAUAAGAGUACUUCUCCCCCUGCUGAUCUGAAGAGCAGAGGAGAGGCUUCUCUAGUUUUUAACUGAAAGCAUUCAUGAUUUCAGGUGUUACUGAUGGGAAAAAGUGGUUCUGGAAAGACCAGUAUGAGAUCAAUCAUCUUUGCCAACUACAUAGCUCGAGACACACGUCGCCUUGGAGCUACAAGUAAGAGUAGUUUGAAAAAAAUGUGACAUGAAGAUGAAUGUUCUGUUUUAGAUUUUUCUUCACCAAAAUCAUUUCUUCUUCAUUAUAGUUGACGUUGAGCACUCCCAUGUUCGGUUUCUUGGCAAUCUGGUUCUAAACCUCUGGGAUUGUGGAGGGUACAAAACACUUCUUCAUUGUUUUUCAGACUAACCUCAACAAUUCAGAUUUUUCCCCCUUAUUCCAAACCCUCUGUAAAACUUGGUUCUGUGCUCUCUUCCUUCCACAGACAAGAUACAUUCAUGGAGAAUUACUUCACCAGCCAGAGGGACAACAUUUUCAGAAAUGUAGAGGUGCUUAUUUAUGUUUUUGACGUUGAGAGCCGUGAGCUGGAGAAGGACAUGCACUACUACCAGUCAUGUCUGGAAGCCAUCCUGCAGAACUCCCCUGAUGCCAAAGUGUUCUGCCUAGUUCACAAAAUGGAUCUGGUGCAGGAAGACCAGAGAGAUUUGGUAAGAUUAAUCAUUUUUGUUUUAUCGGCUGUAGGUGUCCCUGCCUCUUACAUAACAAGCAUAGAAAAUGCAAGUGUUUUGAUAGUCAUGUACACUGUGCUGCAAUAGACUUUUGCCAUAUUUGGGUCUCCCUGUAAGAGUCAAGGUAUCAUGUGGUGUAUUUUCUCUCAGCAUGAGGAUGCUCAAUCAAAAAUAUUUGGUAAUAUUCGUUAGAGGGCUCACUACAUGAAUUCCCUACACAAACAAACAGUACAGUGAAAUUAUUUAUGUGAAUUAAAUCUUUAAAUUUCACAAAUCAAGAAUGCACACACAAUUAAGUGUUGUUAAAAUCCAUAAUUUUCACUACAUAAUUGGAGUGUAUUUUAAAGUGUUUCUGAGCUAACUAACGUGUCACAAUUUUCAGAAUAAGAUGUAGCAAUUGUUUACAUUAUUCAACAUUAUCAUUUAAAUUUAAAAUUAAACUUCUGUAUUCAUGGUUUCUUGUUCUUUUGUCAUUGUUCACACACUUUGACCACCUGGUUGUUUGUUUUCCCCAUUUUUACAGAUCUUUAAGGAGCGUGAAGAAGAUCUGAAGAGACUGUCCAGACCUCUGGCCUGCACAUGCUUCAGGACAUCAAUCUGGGAUGAAACUCUCUACAAGGUUGAGUUAUAUGACUGUUUGUUGGAUAAAAGUAUGUCUGGUAACAAAGUCAACUUGGUAAGAAACUAUUUUAAAAUGUUUUUACAGGCCUGGUCAAGCAUUGUGUAUCAGCUCAUCCCAAAUGUCCAGCAGCUGGAGACAAACCUGAGAAAUUUUGCACAGAUCAUAGAGGCAGAUGAAGUUCUUCUGUUUGAGAGAGCCACCUUCCUGGUGAGAGCAGCCACUGUGUUUAAUUUUACCCCCUGAGCAGUAAAUUUAAGUCUAUUACCAAAACUUUUUUAAUGCAUUUUUUUCAUUUGGUGCCUUAAAUGCAGGUGAUCUCACACUAUCAGUGCAAGGAGCAGCGUGAUGCUCAUCGCUUCGAGAAGAUCAGUAACAUUAUCAAACAGUUCAAACUCAGCUGUAGGUGAGUUCAAAGAGCGAAAAACGGCCACACUCCCUCCACAAAUAUUCUGCUGAAUUUUUAUUCCAUUUCUGACUUUCUUUGUUUGUGUUUUUAUUCUAGUAAACUUGCAGCCUCUUUCCAAAGCAUGGAAGUCAGGAACUCCAACUUUGCUGCCUUUAUUGAUGUCUUCACCUCCAACACAUACGUCAUGGUCAUCAUGUCAGACCCCUCUAUUCGUAAGUAGUAAAUAUUACAAGUAUCAGAAACACAUCCAAGAUAAAUUUCCUGUCAUACCUCUAAUGUCAUUUUUCUUUUCUUUCAGCAUCUGCAGCCACUCUCAUCAACAUCCGUAAUGCUAGGAAACACUUUGAGAAGUUGGAGCGGGUGGAUGGACCCAAGCACAGCCUGCACAUGCGAAUGCGUUAGCAGCUGCGUUUUUCCCCAUAGAUCCUCUAAGCCAAUCAGUCCACAGACCACAUGAUACGGUCGUUCGCUCUGAUGCAUACGAGCAGCCCUGCACUGUUUCUUCUCUAUCCUCACAUUCAAUCACAGUUAUCUCUGGGCAGGAAUCAUUUUCCUUUCUUUUCUUUUCUGUCAAAUUUCUACAGUGAUCAUAAAUAUCAUGAACAGUAACACACUUGGAUGACUUAUUUGCCCCAACCUGUUGCAUUGAAGUGAGAGUGAAUUGUUGUGUUUUCUAUGGAAGGGGCUACCUUUGCUGUCACAUGUAUCGUCUUACACAAUAGAUAAAUUCACUCGAUGCAGUGAAUCCCAGUGAUCAGGAGACGUAAAUCUCCAAGUGAUGAGCAGCAGAUACUGUUUGAUUUUCAAAUGCAGUUUUUAAGCUGUUCAGUUUUGAAUGGAUGAAAAAUAUAGUUAUAUUCAGAAAAACAUCAUUUUCUCUGUGUUUUCUUUAUCUUUAGAAAUCUCAACAAAUUUAAAAACACCUUUAAGGUACAUUUAUCUUGAAAAAGUAGGAUAAAUAUCUUCACAUUUAGGAGGAUUCUGCGCAGAGAUUUUUAGUGUUGUCCCACAAGUUUAUUGCAGCGUCACUGACCAACAAGUUGCCUGGAGAUGAAAGCGUUGUUUGUGCUUUUAUAGUACAUAGAAGAACAAAAAGUAAAAAAUAGCCAAAUCAAACGUUUUAAUUUCAUUACCAGUAUUUUCUUAAGGUCUUACACAAAAUAAUUGACAUUAUUGACAUUAAUAACAUAAACUAGAGCUGACUACGAUUAGGCCUGCUAACUGUAAUCACACUCAAUUAAUUUAACAUUGUCCAUAAUCACUCAUAUCCUAACCCUGUAAACUGAACUCUUUUUUGUUUCACCAUUACAUGAGCUGUUGUUGUUGUUGCUGUUGUUUCUGCUGCCCCCUGUCUCUCUCUCACCCUCGUUCUCUACUCUCUCUCCCUCCCCCUCCCUCUCCUUACUCAUUCUCUCUCGCCUUCCCUUAUCUUGUUCUCUCUCUCUCUCCCCCUGUCCUCUCCCCUCUCCCCUCUUCUCUCUACAUUCCUCCCCAACCCAGCAGCGGCAUGGUGGCAGUCUAACAUGAGGCUGGUCCUGCCCAAGGUUUCUGCCUGUUAAAAGGAAGUUUUUCCUUGCCACUGCUACUCAUGUUAGUUGAGAUGGGCCAAAACCCAUCUCAGGUUGGUUCUUGAUCAUCAAACAAUGAGCGUGGUCUAGACCUGCUCUUGUUCCUUGAAAAGCGUCUUGAGAUGACGACUGUUGUGAAUUGGCGCUAUAUAAAUAAAAUUUGAUUGAUUGAUUUGA